CACUUCGUGGACAGAUUUUUUAUGUGGCGGAGUAAAACCUCUCGCUUCGCCUAUUCCUAUAUGGACGCAUGACAUGUUACAACAAACGCUGUGAGCCAAAAAACCGCCUCAACACGGCCGAAAGGAGAAGUAUAAAGGCAACAUGUCCCGGCACAGAAAUGUCCGAGGCUACAACUAUGAUGAAGACCUUGACGAUGAUGAUCUGUAUGGACAGUCUGUUGACGAUGACUACUGCAUCUCCCCUGCUACAGCAGCCCAGUUCAUCUACUCCAGCAGGCAGGAGAGACCCAACGUUGAGCCACCCCUAGAGGAGGAGGAGAUGGAGGAAGAGGAGGCCAUACACACCUCUCCCACCCUCACACACAACCUCAACCCCCUGGACCAAGGCAAGUUGUACUCGUGUCUGGACCUGAUGCGUGCGGUGCUGGGUGAUGCCGUGCCAGAGUCGGUCCUUACCCAGGCUGCCUUGCGGUGCGCCUUCGACCCUCAGAGAGCCUUGGACGCCGUUCUCUCAGUCGAGAGCGCCGGGCUGCCGCCCCUGGACGCCAGGACCAAUAAUGACGCACCGCUGCCGCAGAGAGCAAAUAAGGAGACAGCAGUUGUACCAAGAGCCAAUCAGGAAGCCUCAGCUGCACCGCGACCAGAGAAAGCUAAGGACCGUGAGGCGGGGCAGUGUCAACUGGACUCAGAAGUUCUGCCUAAAGUGGCCCGCAUGACCGUCUCAGGGAAGAAACAGACCAUGGGCUUUGACGUGCCGAGUACAGAGGAGAACGGGGUUGUCCCCAGCCCCUCCGUCCAUCGUAGGGGUAGCCCUGAUGACAUGACCAUGAAAACCAGCCCCGAAACCCCCUCCAAGCGUCCGGAGACACCUUCUAAAGGGUUCGGGGGGGCAGAGGAGCCCACUUCCGUCCCCACCCCAGGACGUACCCCGGGGAAGGCCAAGCAACAGCUGAACGUCAGGGCCGAGCUGGAGAAGAGACAAGGGGGCAAGUCUCUACUCAACCUGGUGGUUAUAGGUCAUGUGGAUGCUGGGAAGAGCACUCUGAUGGGUCACCUGCUGUACCUGUUGGGAAACGUCAAUAAACGCACCAUGCACAAGUACGAACAGGAGUCCAAAAAGGCUGGCAAGGCCUCGUUCGCCUACGCAUGGGUCCUGGAUGAGACCGGGGAGGAGAGGAACAGGGGUGUAACCAUGGACGUGGGGAUGACUAAGUUUGAGACGGCCUCUAAGGUGGUGACUCUGAUGGACGCUCCUGGACACAAAGACUUCAUCCCUAACAUGAUCACUGGCGCGGCCCAGGCGGACGUGGCGGUGUUAGUGGUAGAUGCCAGCAGAGGUGAGUUUGAGGCAGGGUUCGAGGCGGGUGGGCAGACGCGAGAGCACGGCCUUCUGGUCCGUUCGUUGGGCGUCACGCAGCUCGCGGUUGCCGUCAACAAGAUGGACCAGGUAAACUGGCAACAGGAGCGAUUCAAAGAGAUCAUCUCCAAACUUGGACAUUUCCUGAAACAGGCUGGAUUUAAGGACUCUGAUGUGUUCUACGUGCCGACCAGUGGUCUAUCAGGAGAGAACCUGACCACUAAGAGUUCUGCACUGGCGCUAACAUCCUGGUACUCUGGACCCUGUCUGCUGGAACAGAUCGAUUAUUUCAAACCACCCCAGAGGUCGAUAGAAAAGCCCUUCCGACUGUGUGUCUCUUCAAAGGUUUUAUCUGUGGUCUUCCAUGGAUCAGGGCUCUGUGUUCUAACCCUGUUCUCUGUGGUUCUAGAUCAGGGCUCAGGGUUCUGUGUAACAGGGAAGAUCGAGGCGGGCUACAUUCAGACAGGAGACCGAGUACUGGCCAUGCCCCCCAAUGAGACAUGCACUGUUAAAGGUAUCUCUCUCCACGAUGAUCCUCUGGACUGGGCAGCAGCAGGAGAUCAUGUCAGUCUGACCGUCACUGGCAUGGACAUCAUCAAGAUUAAUGUGGGCUGUGUGUUCUGUGAUAUUAAGGAGCCAAUCAGAGCGUGUUCCCGCUUCAGGGCCAGAGUCCUGCUAUUCAACAUAGAGGUUCCCAUCACACAGGGCUUCCCCGUUGUGUUGCACUACCAGACGAUCAGUGAACCAGCCACCAUUAGGAAGCUGGUCAGCGUUCUGCACAAGAGCAGCGGGGAGGUGCUCAAGAAGAAACCCAAGUGUCUGGGUAAGGGUAUGAAUGCGAUGGUGGAGAUCCAGACCCAGAGACCCGUGGCGUUGGAGCUCUAUAAGGACUUCAAGGAGCUGGGGCGCUUCAUGCUGAGAUAUGUAGGGUCAACCAUCGCUGCCGGGGUCGUCACCGAGAUCAAAGAAUGACGAGCGGUCUGAUCCAGGUGGAUCAAGUCGGAACUGGACCCAGAGACUGCAUGACAGACGGCUAGCUGCAGACAGACAGACAGACAGACAGACAGACAGACAGACAGACAGACAGACAGACAGACAGACAGACAGACAGACAGACAAAGUGCAAUUCCUUCAGAGAUUGACAGAAGUGUCAUUCACAGACUGGGUGUUCCCAUCCAUCCCUCUAUCUAUCUAUCCAUCCCUCUAUCUAUCUAUCCAUCCCUCUAUCUAUCUAUCCAUCCCUCUAUCUAUCUAUCCAUCCCUCUAUCUAUCUAUCCAUCCCUCUAUCUAUCUAUCCAUCCCUCUAUCUAUCCAUCCCUCUAUCUAUCUAUCCAUCCCUCUAUCUAUCUAUCCAUCCCUCUAUCUAUCUAUCCAUCCCUCUAUCUAUCUAUCCAUCCCUCUAUCUAUCUAUCCAUCCCUCUAUCUAUCUAUCCAUCCCUCUAUAUAUCUAUCCAUCCCUCUAUCUAUCUAUCCAUCCCUCUAUCUAUCUAUCCAUCCCUCUAUCUAUCUAUCCAUCCCUCUAUCUAUCUAUCCAUCCCUCUAUCUAUCUAUCCAUCCCUCUAUCUUAUCCAUCCAUCCCUCUAUCUAUCUAUCCAUCCCUCUAUCUAUCUAUCCAUCCCUCUAUCUAUCCAUCCAUCCCUCUAUCUAUCUACCCAUCCCUCUAUCUAUCUAUCCAUCCCUCUAUCUAUCUAUCCAUCCCUCUAUCUUAUCCAUCCAUCCCUCUAUCUAUCUAUCCAUCCCUCUAUCUUAUCCAUCCAUCUAGUGCAGAAGUUACCGAACAAGAUGAAGUAAACGAUGAACCAAUAAAAGGUCAAUUCCA